CCUUCAAGAGGUGAUCCACUGCGCCUUGGCUGGCUCCGGAGUCAAGUCACCAAAGAUCAUUCGAGGUUUCCAGAGGCCUCCUCAGCACUUCAUUUAAGCACCAUUUUCUUGCUGAUGGCAAUACUUGGAAAACUAGAGGAUGGAAAAAAGCACUUGGGUCUGUGAAGAAAUAUUUGGAACAAGGAAAUCCUGCAAGUGAAAAGAAGUCCUACAACUGGGAAAGGCAAAAAACCAGCCAGUGUAACCACAAUGCUGGACUUCCUAUGGAGAUAACCAUCAUCGAUGCACAAAGCUCCUGUGUUCCUUCAAUUAACAUACUGUAGGUGGAAGCCAAAAACACAGGAUAACUACUAACACCUGACUGAUGACCCAAACUUGGACCAAAUUUGCAGUAGGUGCAAAUUAUGCAGGGCAUGAUUCCUAGCAAAUCUAGUUGGAAUCUUAUGGCAAGAGCCCUCUAUGACAAUGUCCCCGAGUGUGCAGAAGAGUUGGCCUUCCGCAAGGGAGACAUCCUGACGGUGAUAGAACAGAACACCGAGGGCCUGGAAGGAUGGUGGCUCUGCUCCUUACACGGCCGGCAAGGCAUCGUCCCAGGCAACCGUGUGAAACUCCUGAUAGGUGCCGUGGUACAGGACUGUCCCUCUGGCCAGGAUAUGCCCAGCUCAGGAUUGAUGAAUCAGCCCUUCAGCCACCAGAAGAUCUACCAAGUGCCAAGCUCACAGGCCUCAGCACGGGACCCUGUCUACCAAGUGCCACCUUCCCACCAGAAUCAGGGAAUUUACCAGAUACCCACUGGUCAUGGUCUGGUGGGACAAGAUAUUUACCAGGUGCCACCCUCCGUGCAGAGGUGUAUUGAUGGUCCAGCUGUGAUUAACAAGGUAAUAACACCAGUCCGGUCAGGACAAGGUUAUGUUUAUGAAUUCCCUUCCAAACACCAGAAGGAUGCCUACGAUAUCCCCCCUGUUCGCCCUCUCCAAGGGAUAUAUGACAUUCCCCCCACAUCGGUUAAGGGGCCUGCACUUCCAGUUCCCACGGGAGAAGCAAAAGCUUUAGGAGUGUAUGACAUACCACUUGCCAAAGGGGUCUAUGCUGCACCUCCAUCUGCAUGCCAAGAUGAUACAGCCCUGAGGGAAAACUUGCAGGAUUUUUCAUCUCCAGUGGGCCACAGUGUAAGACAAGAAGGAGUAUAUGAUAUUCCUCCUCCCAUCACCAAAGCAACUGGAAAAGAACUUAAUAGAUUUUCUCCUGAGAGCCUGUUAUUGCCAGGUGGAAUGCCACAGACACAGAGUGUUUAUGACAUCCCUGUGAACCAUCAAAACCAAUUUCUUGGACAGCAAAUUGCACCUGAAAAAGAUGUUUAUGAUACCCCAAGAGGAACUGCAUUCCCAGGACAACAGACAGGACUCAGUGAAAGUCUCAUCGCAGAAGGAAGAGAAGGUGUCUAUGAUGUUCCCCCACAAGUCCUCCAAGACAAUAAAGGCUUACAGGAUGUGACUGAUGGGAUGAAUAGGUUGUCUUUCUCCAGCACAGGAAGCACGAGGAGUAACAUGUCCACAUCUUCAACGACAUCAAAAGACUCUUCUCAUUCAUCAUCAACUGCACAGGACAAAAGACUAAUCCUUGAUCCAGACACUGCUAUAGAGAGGCUUUAUCACCUCCAGCAGAUGGUGGAGACAGCUGUCAAUCACCUCACAGCCUUCAUUACACCAGACUGGCGGUCCUAUGGAUAUAUGGAGAAGCACAUCAAUGAAAUUCACGCUGCUGUGGAUAAGGUAGAGCAGUCACUGUUGGAGUACCUCCAGUUUGCCAAAGGAUCAGCAGCCAAUGCUUCGUGCCUGUCCGAGUUCAGCCUCCUCAACAAAAUGAGGAGGGAGGUGCAAAGGCUGGAGGACUCCCACCAGAUCCUUACCCAAACCAGUCAUGACUUGAACAGCUACAGCUGGUCUUUGAAUGUCCUGGCUGUCAACAGAGUGCAGAACAAGUGCGAUGACCUGGAUCGGUUUGUUAUGGUGGCAAGGACAGUCCCGGACGAUGCCAAGCAGCUGACCACUACUAUCAGUGUCAACGCAGAGCUGCUCUUCAAACAGGCUCUGGCCAGCUCCCGUUUCAAAACCGUACCAGAGAAUAUAAUGAACACUCCUGACUGUGUCUACGACAGUCCUCAGAUGCAGCGUCACGGAGAAAAAGCACAGACCCACUGCAGCUCCCUUCCCCUGCUCCUGAGUAAAGGCCAGCACCCUUACAAUGCCACCAGUGAAGUCUCGGAAAAGAGCUGGAUGGAUGACUACGAUUAUGUUCACCUGCAGGGUAAAGAAGAAUUUGAAAGGCAACAGAAGGAGCUUCUGGAGAAAGAAAAUAUUAUCAAGCAGAGCAAAAUGGAGCUAGAGCACCAUCAGAUCAAUCAGUUUCAACGCCUGGAGCAAGAGAUCACAAAGCCAGUAGAGAACGACAUCUCCAAAUGGAAGCCUCCACAAGACCUCCAGACCUCCCACGACAGCCGCCUGCUUUUGUUCUACUCCGACCAGUGUGAGACUCACUUCAACUCCCUCCUAAACGCCAUUGAUGCCUUUUUCAGUUGUGUCAACUCUUCUCAGCCCCCCCGGAUCUUUGUGGCACACAGCAAGUUCAUCAUUCUGAGCGCUCACAAACUUGUGUUCAUUGGGGACACGCUCGCGAGGCAAAUGAUGACUCAGGGCAUGUGCAACAAAGUGAUGAACUCCAGCAACCAGCUGUGUGAACUGCUGAAGAGCGUUGUUCUGGCCACCAAGGCAGCUGCCUUGAGUUACCCCAGCGCUGCAGCCCUGCAGAAGAUGGUGGACCGAGUAACAGAGCUCUCUCAUCACGCACAGUUGUUCAAACUCUCACUGGUCCAAAUGGCAUCCAUGUGAUACCUAGCAGAAUCCAAUCCGUGAGCAGCAAAGCAGAAGAGCAGACAAACUGGAGCUAUUUUUAUGUAAAUGUUAUCAUUUUCUAGAUAUUUUGUAUUAAAUAUUUUAAAUACAUUCUUAUGCAUUAGAGAGUCUAAUUAAAUCAGGGAUCUGGGAAUAUUUUCUGGUUCUGUAUUAUGUUUCUUAUACACAUUUAGAUUUGUAUACACAGCAUAUAUGUAUAUGUUGCUACCUUCCCUAAAACAUCAAUUAAGCACCUUAAAAAUUAUAUGUCAGGUGAACAGUGCAUAUCUUUUGUAUAUACAGCCUGUUUCCUCAGCAUAUUUGUUAACUGGAUGCUGCACUCUUUUUGUUUCAUUCCAUCUUGAUGCUGGUGCAUGGGCUUGGUUGUGAAACCUACUUGUAGCAAUCCAUGAAGCAAGUGUAAUGGUUCUCAUAGAACUCCAUUCCCUUCUUAGAAAUUACUUUCUAUAGGUUAAUUCUGUGAAGCUCAACUCCUCUUGAUGUUACUUUGUUGUGUAAAACAUUUGGUCGUUCUGACCAACAUAGAUGCACAGCUGCAAUGAGCAACACAUCAAUCAAGGCAUACAGCAUUUGGGAGAAAAGCAUUUUUAGGCCAUGUAAGAAACCGGACCUUCUAAGGAGGAAGGCAGAAUUGUAUAUAUUUAAUAUCUUUUGGCAUUCAGAUUUCGCUGUUUCUAAUAACUGUGCAACAUGGGAUUUCAAAACCAUGGAUGGAUUCCCAGCAAUGUAAUUUCAUACAUGUUUACUUUGUAUGUCCUUGCAUUGGCAAUUUAAUUUUAACAGUCAGGCUUGAAAGCCUUAUUGUUUAUGGACUCAGAGUUAUCCUGAGGGCAUCCCAGGAUCCAUUGGGCUCAUCUUUGAGGCUGUGGAUGAGCAGUGUUUCAAAAUACCAAUCCCUUUCAGAAGGAUUAACAUACAAAUUGUAUUUCGUAUGGAAAGAAAAGAGCUUAAUUUGAAAUAACAGAUAUUUAAACAUCUCUAUAUCAUACACACAAUUUAAUGAAGAAUAGCACUUAAUUUUCUAGGACAUGUAAUUGGGAAUUAAUUGCAUCUGUUGCAAUUCUGACUUCCAUUCAACUACUGGGCUUUUUUUCUGGAAUUCUGUUGCGUAGGUACUGGUCCUUUCUGCACUACACUGUUGUUGCCAAAAAUGACAUCCUGUUUUAAUGGGACCGUUCCAUCAAUAAGCACACACACUCCCACCUAGUAAUUUUCAAUGUAGACCCUUAAAAACUGUUAGCAGAGUGUUAGGCUCCUCUAGAAAUUUCAUGUAUGCUGGUCGCUCCAAAAUCCAUAUCAGCUUAUUUGUCAUCAUUGCCUUCUGUGAACCCCCUAAAAAUAAGUCACAGAACACCAUUUGCCUGUGGUCCCCAGCCUAAAAGCUGUGCUUCAAAGAGAGCAGUAGCUCAGGAAAAUUCCAGGUGAUUCUGGCAUUUUUAAAGCAGAAACACUACUGUCCUUAUUAAUUCAAGGUGGUCCCACAUGAAUGUGUUCAGAGCAUUUGCCAGAUCUCUGGCAACUACAUGGUUGUGAGAUCAGUAGCACCUGGAAAACAGGCACUUCUGCCUAACUCCAGACUUUCCCAUUUUGUAGCCAAACAUGUGCCUUAUUAAAAUGGGAUUUUUUGUCUUAGGUAACAGAACUGUUUCAGCAGUGUAUGAAAUCCUGCAGCCUUAAUGGAUUGUCUUAGAGCGAAGACCGCUGUUCGCUACCAUAACAUUCCAGAGUGCAGAACAUUCCUGGAAGGUCAGUGGAAGCCAGCACAACCCCAGCUGGCUCAGGAUGGGCUCCAAGGCUCGGCCUGGUGUAACAUUCUGAAAGGGCAGUUAUGAUUUUGUAACCUAUAACCAGCUGCCAGAAAAGCAAUCUACGUGAACCUGUUUUGUACUGUUGUUGUUUGGGAUUCUUUUGCAUUUCCUUGUCCACUUUUUUCACUGUAUAUUCUUAGAAAGUGAAAAUGUGUUUCUAAGUGUAGUGGUUAUGUUGAUAGUUCGUGGUUUCCAAAGGAGAACCUUUAUUGCAACCCUGUAUUACAGUUUGUUAUCUUGUAGAGAAUCAUUUUGAAACAAUUAAAAUUACUAGCUUUUUUUAUAUAAAAAAGG